CGCGACGGGAGCGCGCGGCGGCAGCAGAAACCCUGUCAAAUCACAACGGAGGUGACGCGCAGACAGGGGACUUACAUAAAAAUCCUCCGAGGACUUCUCGAGCUCUUUUUAACUUCUAAAAAUCACGGAAUCGUCGAUAAACCUGUGCGGAAAUACGUAAACGUCGUCAGUAUGAAAAGUUGCGACAGUUUGCUAACGUCUUACGGACGUUUGGAGUAGCUAAAGAAAACAAAAAGUAGUUUUUUUACACCGCAGAUGCAGCCGGGGAGCGUCAGGGGGAUUUCUACUUACUUUCUGCCUCAUUUUCAACAUUAUUAUCAUUUUCAAGGGAUCUGAAUCUUUUGAGACGUCUGGAGCUGCUAACGUGUACACUAAACCGGGGAUAAAGCCACUUUCUUCCACUUUGUGUGCUCUGAGUUCACCAUGCUGCCGAGCACGGCACUUUACGCGGCGAAGAAACGGAAGAAGCCGGUCCAGAAAAUCCCCAAGCCUCCACCUCCUGAUGGCGUCAAGUCCAACCCGUCCAAACGCCACCGUGACCGGCUCAACGGCGAGCUGGACAAGCUCACCAGCCUGCUGCCCUUCACCGAGGAGGUCAGGGCUCGGCUGGACAAGCUGUCCGUCCUCCGCCUCAGCGUCGGCUACCUGAAGGUCAAGAGCUUCUUCAACGGUGAGUGUCCGGACUUGAUUACAGUAAGAGCGGCGACCUCGUGGUGUGCGAGUGGAUGCUGCAUCCCUUUUUUAUUUCGCUGUUGAAGCCUUAAUGACAUGACUGAUGUGAAAAGUCUUUUGCAGUAACGUGAGCUGUUGUUUGUCGAGGCUGCAGUUUGUCAGACGAUGUUAUACAUCUAUAAACUAAGAGUGGAGUGAUAGUGGAUUGUGCUGCAGGAGGCUUUUAUUUUGUAGUUUCAGUCAGCACCAUCAGACCUGUAGCAAUCACUGUGGGUCCUGCAGGAACCGAUCUUUGCAAAAACAUAACUGAACCCAAAUAUAUCAUUUAUUAAUCGCUUAAUCUAUCCAUCCAUCACCUUCAUGCCUGUUCUAGUCCCUUUAUUCUGCCAAAGUUAUGAUGUUUUAUGAGAAGAAUCUUUUAAACAAUAUAAAAACAGCUCAGUCGGCGUGUUUAAGUUUAAAGAAUAAGUGUUAAAUAAGUUAAACAGGAACAUCUGUGUGCCUUGUGCCGCUGCGGCCUGUUGAAGUGAUGCUACUGGGUCUGACAGAGACACGUAUUUGAUGAGCGUGGUUCACUUCUAGGCUGCGAGUUAGUAACUGUGCUGUACAGGAGCUGAGGUGCGAGGAUCGGUCUGAAUCAUCCUCCAGAGGUGACGGUGAUUCUUUCAUCGUACGCUACGUUUGCAUCCCCCAUUCAUAUUAAACAUGAGAAUAUCGUAGGCAGCUUCUGUGUGUGCAGAAGACGCUACUCCUUUGUGGGCGUUUCCCACCUCUGCUCGUUUCCUGUGAGAAACCCAGUACAUGGAAACUCAACAAGAAUACACUCAACCAAGCAAAACACACUGCAGGUUAGUGAAAACAGUUUAUCUGAAACUUUUUCCCCAUUGACUGCGCUCAAACAAGUCAGCGGAGCAGCACUGCCACAAACAUAACAGCGUCAAACAUCCUGCAUGUUUUCAUACUCCAUUACACCGUGCAUAACUCAUUCAAACAGUUAAAGGGCAAAUGUCUAGACUGCAGUCAAAUUCUAACAUUCAAACCUGCGCACAUAUUUUCAUACACCCGGACAAGCUGGUUUCCUAGCAGAAUAAAACUCCAGCACCAAACAUAAUGUAUGAAAUCCUGUAUUUUCAACUCUGAAUAAUGCGGAAGGAAGUAGAACUGGUGCUUUUCAAGUAACAUUUGGAUCUCAUUUGAAUCACCAGGCAAAGCUUGCAUGGUUAACAGGAAUCCCAGCCUCCUGUUUGCUUUCCAAAUGAUACUGUAAAUCUCUCGCGAUGACAAGAGAAGCACACGAAAAAGAAAUAAACGUGGUGCAGAGGAUAUCGUUGGAAGUUUGUUCUGCAAGAAUGAGGCUGUUUAACUUCCUUUAAAAGACAAAUCUCUCCACUGGGAAUCAUAUUAUUUAUUUAAAAAAAAAAAAAAAAAGAGUGAAUUCUGCCCUAUAUCUGUCUACGUGGUGCGGGGAGGCUCAGGGAGGUUAUUCCAGUUUCCAUCGAGCUUCCUCACAUUGUUUUUGCGACCUCUUUUGAAAAUAGCAGCAAUUAGAUCCAGACAGCCUGAAAGAUGAGGUUCCUAUUUACAGUAAAUGGCCGUGUGUGUGUGUGUGUGUGUGUGACCAGCUGAGAGGUUAUAUCAGUGCAGGACUGUGAAAUUUGGCCCUUGUGGCUCACCAUAUAUUUGGAGACAAGCUCCUCAGCAACAGGAGGUGUGAAGUGGAACAAAAAGAGGCGAGCAUUUCUCCGUGAAUGUUGUCAGGGAGAUGAUCUGCAUCUGUGUGUGUGUGUGUGUGUGUGUGUGUGUGUGUGUGUGUUAUUGCACACCUGUUCUGUGCUGUAGGUUAAAAUGCUAAUACACACAUGUAUGUUCUCAGUGUGUGAACAUGUGGUACAUAUGAUUUGACUCGGUUUGGUGAGACAUUGUUUUUUGUUUGCUGCUUGGUGGCAAAUAUCAUUACUGAAAGAAAAAUACUCAGCUGAUUGAAGUCAACAAACAAACUGAGUGAGUGUUGGUGCAGCCACUGUAGGUGUGGACUGUUUAUUUGUGUCCGAUUCUGUGUUAGAUUUAAUUGCAAAUGGACGUCUGAAUGGAACUUUUUAAAGCUUUUAUUCUGAAAACAGCUUCCUGCCAGGACCGAAGACCACAAGAAACAGAACAGUUGCACUAUGGACGGAUGAACUGAGCUGAAACUCACUGUCAUGCUGAGAGGAGCUGCAGAUUCAGCCGAUAAAUCUCUGCAGUUUCAGCAGGGCCGUCGUUUUUCAUUGUCGUUUGAUUUGUUGUAAAAAUAUCGAUAAUAGCCGCUGUUACAACACACUAAAAGAAAAGUAGUUACUAAAGGUUUAUAUAACCAAAUGGAUUUCAAAUUUUGUUCUGAACAAGAAUAGAUAUUUACUGCUGUAUUAGUUGAUAAAAGCAAAGUUUUAUUAAGCAAUAAAACUAAUAAAAAGCUGAAAGUCAACUUCAGCUGUAGUUGACACGAACAGUAAAUUCUCCAGACGUAAUCAGAGCCCAGAGUCGACAGAACCGUCCAGUACGGAGGUGAUAUAUCACCACACACUGGAAUAAUAAAACCACGGCAGCGUUCACUUUAUCGGCUUCAGAAUGAGACUUGAGUUCAGGCUGGAAGGAGUAAUCAAUGACUCACUGGCAAUGACUAACAACCCUAUCAACCCCCCUGCAGGCAUGUUAUGGUCAAUUUGAUCUGAGGGAGUAAAAAAAUGACUUAUUGCCUCUUUGAUGUGUGUGUGUGCAUCUGCAGAAACACAGUGUUCAUAACCGUUCAUCAAAACAAAGGAGGUUUCUCAGUCCAACAGCAUGUACCUGUUGCCAGAGGAAACAGACAUCAGAGCCCUGUUGCUUUGGAUUCAUCAAUUAUUUGGCAGCGUUGGCCACUUAGUGUCGGCUGAACAAAUACGUUUGGAGUCGGCGGUGGGGAGUCUGGUUACUCUCAAACUGCUCCGUCAGCGCGAGGCGAGGUGGUGGGCUCUGGGUUUUUUAUUUUGAAGGGAGCUCAGAAGGGAAUAUAUCUGAUAUUUUCUGCUUAAUCGAGAAAAUAGUCAACAUGUUAAGCGAUGAUGAAAUGAUAAGAGAUUUGGACCGGGAUUCAAAGGUCUGCUGUGGUCCAGAUAAUACAAACCACAGUUAUCUAAUAUGCGCUUAUCUGGUAUCAUCCACGUAUGUUGACCUACAACUCCCUGAUAAUGUACAAAUGACUCAGAUUGUCAUUCGUCUUCUGACUGAUUUGAGUGUUUGCCUCCAGUAGCUGCUAAUUUUCCUUUUCAACACACCACAGAUUAUUUAUUGCAGUCGUAAGAGGUCGACAGGGUGAGAACAGAUUCAACGGAAGAGGAGAGGAGCUGGUGUGACUGAUUGGUCACUCAGGAGGUGGAGCGGGUCGGAGGGUCGGAGGGUCGGUGGUUCGAUCCCCGCCCCCUCCAGUCUGUGUUUUGAAGUACUGUAAAGGUAAAUAUAUGAUAGCAGGCCAUGUUGUAAAACCUGAUUCACUACAUGUAGUUUUCAUAAUAGCUAUUGCACACACACAAACAAACAACCCCCCCCACCACCACCUCCCAUCUUGACCUCCACCCACUUCUUGGCCACUGAGCCGUCACUCUCCCUCUCACUGAGCCCCACCCGUUUCCUGUGGCGGCCCCUGCAGCACCCCGGGGCCCCUUUUCCUUCGACUGUUCGGCCUUUUCCUCCUCGGCUCCUACGUCUGAAGUUCACAGCUCCUCCAGCCCCCACCGCCUCCAGCCCCCCCCCCUCCACCUCAAAC